UAGUCCCGGGACUGCCGCAAUGGAGCGUAGAUAUUAUUCUAACUACACCAUGGAUAACAAUGCAUACAACUACCAUGAUGUUGACACGAGACGAAAUGAAUAUGCGGAUGUGAGGGAUCGUACACCUUCGCCCUUGCGCAAUAUUCAACAAAGACGAUCCUAUGAAGUGUGUGCUAAUAGGAGGCUGUAUGAAGAACCAGAGGCUCAGGAUCAUCGUAUGUAUGGACGGGACAUCCACACGAGACGGAACAUGAACACUGGAAGGGACAACCACACGGAACAUAAAAUGCAUGUUUACCCAAGACGCUCCCAUGUUUUUAAUGGGACAAGGGUAGAUGUGCCCAGAUCCAACUCAGGUCAGCCUCAUCUGGCAGAUGGCUACAUUAGAGGACCGUCUACAGUCACAUGUGGGACACAGGUGAAACGUGAUAUUCCUCCACGGUGGCUCAACCCACCUGACAGUGGUCGACCUGUCAACAAACAACGCCGGAUUGACAGAUGUAGAGACAACCGCACUGUGGGGGGUAAAUAUGAAAACCCCACUAACCGUAUACUACACUCUGAGGACCGCAAGAGGGUGCAUGGUCCUACUGGCAAGGUAUAUCAGUCAAGGUCUGAGGCAACCUUCUGUAGCCGGAUGACCGGGGCUCUGCGUCCAUCCACCAGUACUGCUGCUCGGAUGACCGAGGCUCUGCGUCCAUCCACCAGUACUGCCAGUACUGCUGGUCGGAUGCCCGAGGCUCUGCGGCCAUCCACCAGUACCGCUGGUGAGACAAUGUGCGUCAAUCCCAAGACGCAUACAAGGGUGGCUCAAAUACCCAAGGUACCAGAGCGUCAAGGUGAGCGUGCAAAGACUUUACGUGCACAUCCCGCCAAGAGGUCCUGGAAAUGUGCUAGGCCGCAGAAUACUAUGAAUAAUCUGUACAGGCACCUGGAACCCGUAAGUGAAGUGGAGGCGGUGUGCUCCAGAGACACUGACAGCGGUGACGAAAGUGACAGCAGCUCUAGCAGCAGUAACAGCUCUAGCAGCAAUAACAGCAGCAGCAGUAGCAGUAGUAGUCACAGCAGAGAUAGCGCCAACAGGAACCCCCGUUACCCUGAUGCAGAUGCUGCUGCUGCUGCUGCUGCUGCUGCGGCCCCAUCCCCUAGGGAGGCAACGUGUCAUACAGCCACACCGUCUACACAUAACCAGAGCUCUGGUGGGACAGGGUGCGACCAUGAACCGGACCGGUCCCUGCUCACUGUGCCCACCAACGUGAGUCUGCGGUCACUGUGGAAACGGACAAGGUGCUCACUGUAGCUGAGGACGAUAAUACGGGCUGUGCAAUAACGGAAGGUACCCGCUGCAUAGAGAGGCUGGUCACAGGGGCGGCCUGUGGCAGCUCAGUGACAGAGGUUGUCUCAUUCGUCGCAGCUGUUGAUCGGCCUAUAACCGACAAUGAUGAUGCACACACAUCUGCCAAACCUCAACAGUCCAACCCUGGUACAGAUGUUACAAGUGAAGUCUCCUCUGCACCUACAGCGGUAACAGACUCCGAAGUCGUUCCUGUGAUCACUCCAGAGUCCAAUAUCACACAGCCCAUCAUAUGUGACAUUUAAGUAUUUGGCCAUCGUGUCCAUUAACACUGCCUAUUACCAAAAGGCGACAUUGUAACACCUAAUGUUCUUACUUUCCUUACAGGUUACAGGCGGGUGGUGGCAGUCUGCAAGUCAUCGGUAAUGUAACUGAGCACAUGAGGAAUGUACUAGAUGAGGACCUCAGUGAUGUGAUAGAGGACAUUGGAUAUGUAAACACAAUCCAAGACAGCUAUGCGGUCCCCAACCUAUCUGUUGGGGAACCACAGCUAGCAACUGAGUGGAUUAUUAAUUGUAGUGAACCUCCUGUAGCGACUACAGCAAUCAGGUCAGAUUCCAAUUUUAUACACGUAGUCCCAACUGAUACACCUGACACCCCCAUGACAGAGUCGGAGGUCAUUACACAUCUGUACCCGAGCAUUAUAGAAUCCUUCGAUACGUGUGAGCCCCAAUGUAAGCCAUCUGCACCGCCCCCAGAGCUACAAUGUGAUCGAUACGGCUUGUCAGCUGUGUUCCUACAACCCAAUCCGCCACCCCCUCAAGCUGGAAUGCCGACCCUGUUGAGUGAUACAUGUGAGCGGCCUAACACGUUAGGGGUAACCGUACCCCAACAACCUUUAUUCCUCACCCCACCACAGGUAGAGAUGUGUGGCACAUAUGACCAUGGCCCCGAUGUCACCAACAAUACAGGUGCCACUGUAAUCACCGGUGAUACACUUAUGGCUAUAGUGAAACGAGCGAUUCUAUGCUCCACAUGUGGUGUCACCUUCAACAGAUUUGUCGCGAGUACCUGAUUCAACUCAACAGACCAGUUCAAUGUAUAUGUGGGUGUGUGUUGUGUACACUCUGCUACAGAGAUCAAAGUGGAUGUAGUGCACACAAGAUACGGUCCACACACGGUGCUAUCAAUAGCACGGCUAACAGCCUAGCAAGUUGCCUUGUUCUAAUGAACGAAGGACAGUGGGAUCUAGAUCGUGUUGACAGUGACGCAUAUAAGACUGAGCGGGAUGUAAACAUUCAUGUGCAGGCCCUGACACAAGCGGAGCAGCCUCCUGAUAUUGCCAAACUACAAGAUGCCUUCAAUCGGCUUAUCACCACGGGUGACACUAUGUGCUUCAAGUACUGGCUGAACGAAGCACUCCCAGAGGACGUCGCCUACAGAUAUGUGUGCAUCCCACACGUGCAAGGCUUCUGGGAUCACAUUGUGGUGGGAACGAAACAUCAUCCUGCCACGGAGAAGCUGGUCGGCCAUGAUGAUCACCUGCCAAAGUUGUUCAACGUCUGUCUCGGCUCAUACAGAUUUCACUGGUGUUGCUUUGUGUUAAAGAAGCAGAUCGUCUUGGCUAUGUGGUGCACAUCGGUUCCCAAACGAGGACAGCCUAAAGUGUUUACUCUUGUUGACACUGCACUGAGAAGCAUUACCACAAGCAUAGAAUUCAAGAGCAUGGUGUUCUAUCUCUCUAGAUGGUUUACUGCUCAGUAUGCAUCACCCCCGGGCAGGCAGCUGCAUGUAGUAUUGGACUGUAAACCGUCUGAGGGUUCAAGUGUGGUCCACAUUAUAGCUUUGCUGGCCUCCAGGAGUGGGAUGGACUCUGUCGCCCUUCCACAACCUCACCAGCGAGCCAAGAGUGAUAUGCAGUACACAUUUUGCCGCAAACAUGCAAAUGUUAUGUUCACGUGUCCAGGCAAUGACUCAGGGAAUAGUAUCAAUAUUGUUGAAGAGUUCAACCACUAUUACAAUGAAGGACUUGCCUGUACUGGCCUUACACGUGUUUACACUACCUCCGAGUUGUACUAUACGGAAGUGCUGUCUAAGGGUCCUAUGUGAAAGGACAAUCCUACCUCUCAAGUAUUACAGCUAUCUUUAAGUGCUGUCUAAGGGUCCUAUGUGAAAAGACAAUCCUACCUCUCAAGCAUUACAGCUAUCUUUAAGUGCUGUCUAAGGGUCCGAUGUGAAAAGACAAUCCUACCUCUCAAGUAUUACAGCUAUCUUUAAGUGCUGUCGAAGGGUCCUAUGUGAAAACACAAUCCUACCUCCCGAGUGAGUAUUACAGCUAUCUUUACGUGCUGUCGAAGCUAUGUGAAAACACAAUCCUUUUACAUUACUGGAACCUGUUAUACUAUAUCUAUCUAUCUAUCUAUCUAUCUAUCUAUCUAUCUAUAUCUAUAGAUA